AUGGCUUGUUUACACGAUCAUAGCUGUGAAGAUCACGAUUGUUCCUCUAAUUGGUCUCUCUACAAACACAUAGACCUCCCCAAGGUAUCGGCUUUAAACGAAGCAGUCCCAGGAAGUGCUAAAUCAGUUUUUAAAGCUUGGGAGCACCGUCUCGAUUCUUCUGGGGAGCAUUUGGAAAGCAAUGAGGGUGAUCCUGAGUUACUUGUUUACAUUCCAUUCACAUCAGAUGUUAAGAUCAAGAGUAUUUCAAUUAUUGGAGGUACUGAUGGAUCAAGUCCUUCAAAGAUGAGAGCGUUUAUCAAUCGAGAUGGCAUUGACUUCUCCGAUGCUCAAAGUAUGCAAGCUGUACAGGAGUGGGAUUUGGUUGAAAAUUUGAAUGGAGUGCUGGAGUUUCAGACAAGAUAUGCAAAAUUUCAAAGUGUGGCAAGCAUCACAUUGCAUUUCCCUGAUAAUUUUGGUGGUGAUACAAGUCAGAUACACUACAUUGGCUUCAAAGGUGAAGCCACGCAGUUGAAGAGGGAUGUUGUUGCCACCAUUGUUUAUGAACUUACGCCCAAUCCUUCUGACCACAAGACGAAGGCUGAAAGUGGUGGAGGUUUUUCACAUCUCGAGAAACCCAGGGAGAGAUUAAAAUUAAAGCCACAAAUGCAAGCCACCAGUGGAGCUGCCUUGAUGGGUUCUCUGCAACAACCUGUUUUGAACAAAGGGUCAGCCUUUCCAAUGCAAAGGAGUGGUGUUAUUGGGUUUCCACAUCAAGUUAAACUUAACUUCGUGAAGCCAUGCAGGGCUUCUUCCCUUGAAGGAAGCUUGGUCACUGGUAGACCUCCCUCUUCUGUCUCUGUGCCUAUCCCUGAAAUUGGAGCUAACAAAAGUAGCUUCAAAGAUUAUGGACUUAGUGAAGCGGAUCCUGAAGUGCGUGAAAUUAUUAGUAAGGAAAAAGAUAGGCAGUUCAAAAGCCUCGAACUUAUUGCAUCAGAGAAUUUCACAUCCCGAGCAGUGAUGGAAGCAGUUGGUUCGUGCUUGACAAAUAAGUAUUCUGAAGGACUUCCUGGUAAAAGAUACUAUGGUGGAAAUGAGUACAUUGAUGAGCUUGAAACCCUUUGUCAAAAAAGGGCUUUGGCAGCAUUUAACUUAGAUGGAAAGAAGUGGGGUGUUAAUGUUCAACCUUUGUCUGGUUCGCCUGCUAAUUUUGAGGUUUAUACUGCACUUCUUAAUCCACAUGACCGAAUCAUGGGUUUGGACUUGCCUCAUGGGGGACAUUUGUCUCACGGGUUCAUGACUCCUAAAAGGAGGGUAUCUGGGACAUCAAUUUACUUUGAGUCUAUGCCAUAUCGACUUGACGAAUCUACAGGCCUGAUUGAUUAUGACAUGCUUGAGAAAACAGCUAUCCUCUUUCGACCUAAACUCAUUAUUGCUGGUGCUAGUGCUUAUCCUCGAGAUUUUGAUUAUCCUCGCAUGAGGAAGAUUGCAGAUGCUGUUGGUGCUUUUCUCAUGAUGGAUAUGGCUCAUAUAAGUGGACUUGUUGCUGCUUCUGUUGUUGCUGACCCCUUUGAGUACUGUGAUAUUGUGACAACUACAACACACAAGUCCCUACGAGGUCCAAGAGGUGGAAUGAUCUUCUUCAAAAAAGAUCCUGUUCUAGGAGUUGAUAUGGAAUCUGCCAUCAACAAUGCUGUUUUUCCAGGCUUACAGGGUGGUCCUCAUAAUCACACAAUUGGUGGACUGGCAGUUUGCUUGAAGCAUGCACAAUCCCCUGAAUUUAAAACUUACCAGAAUCAGGUCAUCUCUAACUCUAGAGCAAUUGCAAACCGAAUGGUUGAAUUAGGAUAUAAGUUGGUUUCUGGUGGGAGCGAUAAUCAUCUGAUUCUUGUAGAUCUGAGACCAUUGGGACUUGAUGGUGCUCGGGUGGAGAAAAUCCUUGACCUGGCUUAUAUCACCCUCAACAAGAAUUCAGUGCCUGGCGAUAAGAGUGCCCUAGUGCCUGGUGGCAUUCGCAUUGGCUCCCCUGCCAUGACUACCAGAGGAUUUACAGAGAAAGAAUUUGUAGCAACUGCUGACUUGAUUCAUGAAGGAGAUUUCUUGAAGUUUGUUGAAUCCCCUGAUUUCCCUCUGACAGAUAAAGUAACAGAUCUUCAAAGAAGAGUUGAAGCACUUACAACUCAGUUCCCAAUUCCGGGAUUAAACAACUGGGUAUCAGACUUUGUGUUUGAUUCAAAGACACAAGAAAACGCAGAUAUAAAGCAGGCAAAUCCCUCUUCAUUGAAUAUGCCUAAAAAGAGUUCUUCAAAGAAACCUAAACAGGAAGAAGAAAAUGCAGAUGUAGAACAGUCAAAACCCUCUUCAACGCCAAAGAAAGCGGGUUCUGAGAUUGAUGAAAUCUUCUCUGGGAAGAAGAGGAAGAAACCUGAAAAAAGGAAGGCUGAUAAGGCAAAUGUAAAUGGAGAAGAGAAACCAAAAUCAAUGAAGAAAAAGAAGAAGAGUAAAGAAGAUGAAGAGGGAAGGUUUACAGACCAGCCUUCUAGGUCUCGAAAGAAAACAGAAGAUGGGUUCAACGUAUAUACAGAAGAGGAAUUGGGUUUUAACAAGAGCAGUGGUGGAGGUACCCCUCUUUGCCCAUUCGAUUGUGAUUGCUGCUUUUGA